AUGGCGUCAUUUCUCGAGGAGUUUGCUGAAACAUUGUCGAAUUUCCCUGUCGAAAUGCAUAAACAUUUAAAUGAAAUACGUAAACUUGAUAUUGAAUGUCAUAAAAAAGCAUUAAAAUGUGAUGAAAAAAUGAAAGAAUUCGUUAAGACACACAAGUCACAAUCAAAAGAUGUUAUGAUUAAUUUUCAUAAGGAAAUUAUGAGGACGUUCGAUGAAAUUGAAAAAUUCUCAGAUAAGAAAAUUAAAUAUGCGACCGAGCUUUAUGAAUUAGUGGAUAAGUAUAUUAGAAAAUUGGACAGUGAAUCAGCAAAACGGCAGGCUUCUAUAAAGAGCAAAUUUAUAGAAGCUGCUAACAAGAUGAAAGCAGAAAAUGAGAAAAAUGAUCGGAAACGCAAAAAGGGAUCAACACGUAAAGAAAAAAAGAAACCAAAGAAUGAGAAAAAUUCAGAAAAGAAUAAUGCCAGUUCAUCAGAUUUGAAACCAUACUUGGAGAAUGCGCCAAUUAUAGAGAUGCCAAUUGAUCCGAAUGAACCCACAUAUUGCUUUUGCCAUCAGGUCUCGUAUGGUGAAAUGAUAAUGUGUGAUAACAAACAGUGCCCCAUUGAGUGGUUCCAUUUUCAAUGUAUCGGAUUAAAAGAACCUCCUAAAGGUAAGUGGUAUUGUGAACGAUGCAACGAGGAGAGGAAAAAGAAACCGAAACAAACGUCUAAGCGUUAA